UUGAGACUUGUAAACAUGUCAAACGCGGAAGUAAUCGAGCCCAACUUUGUCAAAAUUGUAGAUAAUCUGCCAGGUGCUGAAGGACCUGUGUUCGACAGACAUGGAGAGUUUUUUAUGGUUGCACCAGAAAGGGAAGAUGAAGAUAAAAAACCAGCUGGAGAUGUCUUGAAAAUAAAUUUAGAAAGCGGAAAGGUAGAUGUUGUAUGCUCGCCAAAGGAUGGAGACAAUGGUGGUAUACCUGCUGGAUGUCAGUGUGACCUUGAUAACAACAUCUGGAUUGCUGAUAUGAGACUUGGCAUUCUCAAGAUGGAAACAUCAGGAAAAUACCAGCAGAUGUUUAGACAAGACAGUUCAAAUCGUUCAAUGCAAGGUUGUAAUGACUGCGCAUUUGAUUAUGAUGGUAAUUUAUGGGUGACGGCUCCAGCUGGAGAGAUAGCACCUGCAGAGUACAAACGAUCUUUUGAGGAAGGUUUUGGUUCUGUGUAUUGUCUUACCAAAGAUAAGAAGCUUGUGAGAAUAGAUGGUAAUUUAAGGUUUCCUAAUGGAAUAGCUGUCCUACAUACAGAUGAUGGUAGGCCCAGUAAAUUAAUUGUUGCCGAGACACCUACCAAAUUACUGUGGCAAUAUGAUAUUAAAGGUGCUGGGGAAGUUGGCGAGAGAUCAGUUUGGGGAAAACUUCCAGGGGAUCAUGAAGGAGGACCAGAUGGUAUGGACUUUGAUGAACACAACAAUCUUAUUGUAGCUAAUUGGGGUGGCGGCCAUCUUGAAGUGUUUUCCCCAGGUGGGGGAGACCCUGUUACCAGAAUCAAAUGCCCAUUCCGUAAUCCUAGUAAUGUUCAUUUUAAACCAGGUACCAGUACAGUGUUUGUGACUGAACACCAAUUUCAUGGGCUUUGGAAAUUUGAAUGGAAAAAUAAGGGCAAGAAACAAUACUGUGAAACCAAAUAAUGGAAAUAUAUGUACAUACAAGGCUUCAUAUUCUAGUCUAGGUUGUGAUUUUUCUGUGAUUAAAUUAUUAGAUAAUUUUUAAAGUGAUUUAUUAACAAAUUUUGUUACUUACAUAUUUAUAGUAUUUUCCUCAAAGGAAUGAAAUAAAACUUGUUUAUUUUAACUUAUAUACAUGUAAAAAGAGCUGGUCCUAGCACCUUAAACUAAUUUAAAAUGUUUAAUUACUAGAUUAUUUGAGCAGGGACAAACAUUUGGAUUGUUGCCGAUGCCUUUUUGAUAGCCUUUGCAAGUUUUGACUACAACAAAUCACCUCCAGUUAACAGUGUAAGAAUACAAGAAGCAAGAAUGAAAUUGGAAUGUAAUUAAAAAGUCCCAAUUUUGUUAAUUCAUCUUGUAUUAGACAAAAAUAAAAAUAGAUUUUAGUAACUUGUUAUAUCUAAAUAUGUGAAUAAAUUACUUAGUGCUAGUGUAUAUUAAAAUCUGACUUGUAUUCAUGACAAAAUCUAUACACAAACCUUGUUUUUAGAGGUCAUUUGUCUUAGCAGUACAUGUACUCGUAUAUUGAAACACCUAUAUGUAACAAGUAAAUGCAAGUUAAGAUUGUUUUUUUUUUUUUGAUAAAUCAAAAAUUUGGUGCUAGUUUUUAUUAUAUUGAUUAAUUUGACCCACUGUCUUAUCACUUUAAUGAAAUUGUCAAACAAUUUAUAUAUGUUGGUGAUGGUGUGACAUCAACCUAGGUGUUGUUUUUUUUGCAAAUGUUAAAUAAAUGUAGUACCGGUAUGUAUGUAAAUAGUAUUUUCAAAAUUUAGGCAUUGGUAUGAAAUGUUGAUCUCUAAUUAUAUGUGUAUGUGUACAUGUAUAUGUUUGUUGACCCAUAACCAGUUUGACACCAUUCAAGGCUUUAUAAUGUUGACAGCAAUAUUUCUGUAAUUUGCUAGUGAAAUCCUUAGUUUCAAAAUAACAGCAGAGCAAAUCCAUGACAUAAUUUCAGCAGAUAGUUGUUUUUAGUAGGCUUUUUACCAUUCAUGACAAUAUACAUGUGUAUAUGUAAAUAAAUAUGUAGAGGGAGAGGUUUAUUAUUUCUUACCCAUAUGUCUGUAUCCCCCUCUCAACAUCACACCUUGGUCAAGAUUUUUAUGCUACCAAACCUUGAAACCUCGAGUAUGCGGUACAUGUUUAUUGUCAUCACCAUCACUGGAAGGCUGUGAGUUUGGCGGUUACAUUAAUCUAUAAUGAUCACCUAUCUAAUUAAGUGGUAUAAAUUACAACAUAUAUAUACAUUAAUCAAUAAAUUGCUGCAGAUAGGGGGAAUUGACAGGGAAUUAAAAGUUGUCUAAAUCCUAGAAUUAGCAUUUAUAAUAAAUUAACAAUUUUACUUUCUGUGACUCAGGGACCAUUAAGGGAUGACCACAUCCUUCUGUAAAUAGUUCUUUGUACAUUUUACCUAUUGAAUGUUCCUACAGAGAAAUGACAGUUAUCCAGUCAUGUAGGUAUGGAGUAAUAAAGUUCAGCACUUACAUUUAGUAAUAAAUUCCAUAAAAUACACUGUACAGCUAUUGGGUAAACCUACUGUAAAUAUAAAAUUAUAUUUCAUUUUUUUUCUUGCAAGUUCAUGUUAUUUACCUCAUAGACUACCUUUUGACAUGGUACAUCUGUAUUUGAUACAUGUAUAUUUUAUUAUUAUGAAUUCAAUCAUAUUUUGUUUUAUCAACCUUAUUAGUAUACAUAGAAUUAUUCUAAUGACAGAAAAUUCUAAGUAGUCUUUUUUAGAUAGAAAUGAUCUAUUUUUACAGGGAUCACUACAGAAACUUAUUUUUUCUAGAUGUUUAUUUGAUUAUACACUAGUAAAUUUUGGUAUUAUGAUAUAUAUUUGGAAUGGAGUAGAAUAGAAUAAAACAGUUUUAAAAUACUCAA